GGAGACGCACAUUUGACAGAUGUACAAAACGCAUUUUCAUUUCUGGCGGUGCACGUCUUAGAAUUUCACAACAAAACUUAAACACUCAAGUUGUUAUUCAUCGUUUAUCAUACUUAUUUUUGUUGGAAGAGUAAAUAAAAGGCGAGGAUGAUUAUUCCAAUUCGUUGCUUUACUUGCGGUAAAGUCAUUGGCAAUAAAUGGGAAGCAUAUUUGGGUUUGCUGCAAGCCGAAUAUACGGAAGGUGAUGCUCUCGACGCACUUGGCCUGAAGCGAUACUGUUGUCGACGAAUGCUCUUGGGACAUGUGGAUCUUAUCGAAAAACUGCUGAAUUAUGCUCCAUUGGAAAAAUAGUUUUACUUCUCUCGUUGUACAAAGAAAAAAUCUAAUUCAUGCACAUAAGUGAGUGAACCUUGCUCUCAUUGACAACCAUUCAAAAUUUCGUAUAUGUAAUAUCAUUCAAAAUGCAUCAAUAAAUUGAAACAAAAUCAUA